AUGGGAAGCCUGCAGUACAUGCCCAUGGCGCCUGGAAAUGCGGACCGCAACCGGCCUGUGGACGACGAUUCCCAGGGUUCCAAGCGGAUGCGUUCGCAUGUGGUGCGAGGUCAGAUACCGCAGGACUUGGAAGAGCAAUUGACACAGCCAUUCACCGAGGAAGAGCGGCGGCGCAUUUUCGAUUUGGUUGGCUUGAGCCAGGUUGAGCGGAUACCGGAAGGGCAAAGUCCAACAGCUCUGUGGCUAUUCGGGCCUCCAGCAUCCGGCAAGACAUCCAUCUGUGACGAUUUCGAAGAGGAGUUCUUCGGGCGAGCAGGCAAUGCGGUUAGCAUCGAUGGAAGCCAUGUUCGCGAUGCGCACACUGGCUUUCAGCAGGUGUUGAAACACGGUAUUGAGAACGAAGUCAUCCAUGCAGAUGCUUGGACUAAGCUGAAGGCCACCAAGCAUGUGGAGAGGCUGAAGGAAGAGAUCUUCGAACUAGCUGUCCGAAACCGUCAGAACGUGAAAAUCUGUGACGCUGCUCAAAAGCCAGAUCGGGUGCGAAGAAUGCUAGCACUGCUGGAAGGUGCAGACUUCGAUAUUCACGCCCUGUGCCUGUGGGUUCCAGAAGUUGCGACACAAUCGCGUGGGCAGCACCGGUCAGUAGAAUCCAGACGAGUGGUUUGCUCCUCGUUAUAUGCCAGUAGCUCUGCGUCGACAUUGGAGUUCGCAAAGCACUGGGAUGAACAGAUGAGGAAGGGAAAUCCACGUUACAAAAGCUUGGUUUUGCUGGACAACACCCCGAGACCGCCUUUGCGAAUUUCCCUGGAAGAGUUCGAGGCUCGAACGAAUUGGCCAUCGUCCGAGUCGGCUCUGCACUUCCAGCGGUUUCAGGCAAGCGCCAACGAAGGAUGA